AUGUCUUUCAAACCAGCGCUCGUCAUCGUCGACGUACAGGAAGACUUCUGCCCGCCAAACGGGGCGCUCGCAGUAACAGGUGGACGCGACAUCGUCCCGACCAUCAACGAGUUCCUCACAUAUCCUUUUGCUCUCAAAGUCGCGACGAAAGACUUCCAUCCCCAAGACCACGUCUCCUUCGCCUCGAACCACUCUCCGCCGAACAACAAGCCUUUCGAAUCCACCUUCACCAUCAAGAACCCGAACAAUCCAGACGAGACGCAGGAAACGCGGCUAUGGCCAGACCACUGCGUGCAGGGCACGAAAGGCUCUGAGCUGCUGCCAGAGCUGGACGUCAGCAGGGUGGACCACAUAGUCGAGAAGGGCCAGGACAAGCGCGUGGAGAUGUACUCUGCGUUCGCGGAUCCGUUCAAGCGCCCAUCUGUGGCCAAGAGCGAUCUUGCAGAGACAUUGCGCAAGGCCGAAAUCACCGACGUCUUUGUCGUCGGUCUCGCAGGCGACUACUGCGUCAAGUACACUGCGAUUGAUGCACAGAAGGAAGGCUUCAAAACAUGGGUAGUCGGCGAUGCGACAAGGGCAGUCGAUCCGUCAGCAAUGGAAGAGGUCCACAAGGAGUACGAGAAGGUUGGAGUGACGGUUAUAGCCAAGGAUGAUGCACAGGUCCAGAGGGUCAAGGAGCAAAUCCAGCGGACUCAGGACCAGGGCGCGAAGGAUGCAAGCAGGGCCGGCGAGAGUGUGCUGGACUAG